AUGUCUGAAACCACCGGCUAUCGUUUACUAAAAAACCAUACUGAAGAAGGAGAGGAAGAACGAGAAGGAAAAGAACAUGAAAAAAAAAUCCUGAUCCAAGAAGAAGAUGCGGCUGGUCAAAAUGAAGAGUCUGCAGAAAGGUCGAGCUUAUGGAAAGCGGUUGCUAACCUCAUGAGCAGUAUCGAGGGCACCGGCCUCCUCGCUCUUCCUUACGUGAUUGCUGAGAGUGGCCUGGUAGCGAUAGCAGCUCUGGUCGUGGUUCCCUUUAUCACCUACUACACCGGAGCUAUAUUGAUAGAGUGCCUGUAUGAGACCAACAACGAAGGCGAAAGAAUUCGAGUCAGGUCCAACUAUAAGGAGCUCGGUAAGGCCUGCUGGCCUCGCUUUGGUGGUGCUAUUGUUGCCGCUGUCCAGCUGAUCGAACUGUUUAUGCUGGCGUCUUUGUAUCUUGUCUUAUGCGCCUCGCUCUCAAGCAGUAUAUUUCCAGGGAUACCGGUGUCCGAUAAAAUUUGGAUGGUCAUUGCAGCUACAAUUGGGUUCCCGACCAUUUUCGUAAAGAAUAUUUCACAGGCUGCAUGGUUCAGUUUAGUGAGUGUUGUAGCUUUAUCUGUAGCAGUAAUAGCUGUCUUAGCUUUUGGCAUAGCACAUGGCUCUAAGUGGAAUCUUAACCUUAUAUUAGUCCGGAAUAUCGAUGAAGCGCCAGUCUCAUUAGCACUUAUAAUUUUCAGUUUCAUUUGUCAUCCUAUAUUGCCAGGAGUCGAGGAAAGCUUGCAAAACAGAUCACAGUUCCGCAAGAUGCUUGCGCUAUCUUAUACCUUUGUUGCAAUCCUCAAGAUCGUUUUUUCAGUUUGUGCUUUCUUGUCGUUUAGCCCAGAUAUUCCAGAAGUGAUUGCAAAUAGCCUUCCCAUGGGAUUUCUACGAGUCUUUGUCAACGGA